AUAAUAAACUCACGAAGAAGAAGAGGAAGCGAGUGGAUUGGUGGAAAGUUUGGCGGACUUUAUCCUCCGCAGAGCAGCAGUUUUUUUGUUGCAGUCCUGCUAGAUGAAAUCAGUCCCACCCCACUUGUGACAGCGGCCGCAGCCUCCACUCAACUGAUUUCCAUCUUGCGUGACCAGAGAUACAGCAAUCAUGUCUUUAACAAAUGGCCACAGUAUAAGCAAAGAAACAUGGAAUUCACACAACAAGAUGAUGCUGGAGCCUCUGUCUGUCAACGACUCUGAGGUGUUUACCAUCAUAAAAAAUGAGAAGCACAGGCAGACGUACGGUCUGGAGCUCAUCGCAUCAGAGAACUUUGCCAGCAGAGCGGUUCUCGAGGCUCUGGGUUCCUGUAUGAACAACAAAUACUCUGAGGGAUAUCCUGGUCAGAGGUAUUAUGGUGGUACGGAGCACGUUGAUGAGUUGGAGAGACUUUGUCAGAAGAGGGCGCUGGAGGCCUUUGGUCUGGACUCCGACAAAUGGGGCGUCAACGCGCAGCCAUACUCGGGUUCACCUGCUAACUUUGCUGUCUACACCGCCAUCGUGGAGCCCCAUGGCAGGAUCAUGGGACUCGACCUUCCUGACGGAGGUCAUCUGACACAUGGCUUCAUGACGGAGAAGAAGAAAAUCUCCGCAACAUCCAUCUUCUUUGAGUCCAUGCCGUAUAAGGUGAAUCCAGAAACUGGCUACAUUGACUAUGACAGACUGCAAGAAAACGCUCGACUGUUCCACCCCAGACUCAUCAUUGCAGGAACGAGCUGCUACUCCCGAAACCUCGACUACGCCCGCAUGAAGCAGAUUGCAAAUGAGAAUGGUGCCUAUCUGAUGGGAGACAUGGCUCACAUCAGUGGACUGGUGGCUGCUGGACUGGUGCCCUCACCAUUUGACUACUGUGACAUUGUUUCCACGACAACACACAAGACGCUGCGUGGCUGCCGCUCUGGCCUCAUCUUCUACAGGAAAGGCGUGCGGAGUGUAGAUGCCAAGGGCAAGGAGAUUAUGUACAACUUGGAGUCUUUGAUCAAUCAGGCUGUGUUUCCUGGGCUGCAGGGAGGACCGCACAACCACGCUAUUGCAGGUGUCACUGUGGCUCUCAAACAAGCCAUGUCACCAGAGUUCAAGGCCUACCAGACGCAGGUUCUUGCUAACUGCAAAGCUCUAUCCAGUGCUCUUAUUGAUCAUGGCUACAAGAUUGUCACUGGUGGCUCUGACAACCACCUGAUCCUGCUCGACCUGCGCAGCAAAGGAACUGAUGGAGGCCGAGCUGAGAAGGUCCUGGAAGCCUGUGCCAUUGCUUGCAAUAAGAACACCUGUCCAGGGGAUAAGAGUGCUUUGCGCCCCAGUGGUCUGAGGUUUGGUUCUCCAGCGCUGACCUCUAGAGGCUUGGUGGAAGAUGACUUCAGGAAGGUGGCAGAGUUCAUUCAUAGAGGCAUUGUGCUGACCUUGGAGGUGCAGAGAAGCCUGGAUCCAAAGGCCCCUCUGAGGGAGUUCAUCCAGGCUCUGGCUCAGGAAGAGAAGUUCCAGCAGCGAGUGUCUGAAAUUAAAGCAGAGGUGGAGGCUUUUGCCGGUCAAUUCCCCAUGCCUGGCCUGCCUGAGCUGUAGAGACACUGAUGGAUUCUUGACUGAGGAUUGUAACAAAAUGAAUGCCAAUUUUUGUGGUGUGUUUUUUUGUCUCUAUAUUUCUUUGUGCAUACCUAAAUCUGCCAAAUCAAGAUAUUUCAUCACAACUUCACAACAGAUUUAGAUUGCAACAGAUUUGUCUUAACACAAAGAUAGAUUUUUGGACCUCAUUGUCCUCCUGUUAUUCAUUGAUGCUACAGUGCCUGUCUUGGUUUUAGAUUGGGUUUUGUAUUUUACUGUAGCUUUGGUCCCAAACGUCAUGAUCUCAUUUAAGCUUUAAUCUUUGUAUUACAAUUACAAUCUAAAGUCAGUGCAGAAGGAAGCACAAAGACUGAAUGCUGUAAAUUAUCUUGUGUCCAUAUACAAUUUGAAAACAAUAAAACCACGAUUGUUACAUUCAAUUAUGGUAACCAUAAUAAACAAACCAACAGAAACAA